AAGUCAAGGUUUGGAGGCACUCAUGCGGCUGCUUCCAAACCUAAUUCGAAUGUGCAGUGGAAACCCUCUCAGAUUCCACAGACUCCACCGAUUACUGCCACAUCCACAUCACCCUUAAACACGAAGCCCUCUCCGGCAAUCAUCCAGCCAUCCUCUUCCUUCUUCCUUCCUCCAGCAACAGAGACCACAGUAAGAUACCAAUCAAAAUAUACACGUUUGUAUCAUUCAAAGCUGUGUCAUGUUGUGUAAACUUAUUGUUUCAACCUAGCCUAGUUUCAACCUCUGUGGAUCUGCCAUUGCUCUGGCCGCAGACUAUGCCGCAGGACGACCGGAAGUGGGUGGCUGAAGCCCUGUUUCAGGUGAAUGGCAAAGGAAAGCUGGAGCUGAAGGACAGCGUACAGCUGUGGUACAACCCCCCACUUCCAACUGUCUUAUACCAUCAGGCUCCCACUCCAGACAGGUUCUUCUCCCACCAGGUCCUGGUCUGGAUGCCCGACAGGCUGUGGAAGCUACGCCUCCAGUGCACCAACCCUGCAUGUGUCGGGCAUCAGUUGUGUGGUGGUGGACUGCACAGGAGGGUGCGACAGGUGCUGGACUUCGACAACUACUACAACAUGGUCACAGAUACCCUUAUCUGCCCCAAGUGCAGGUCCAGCUACCUGUCCUGGGGACACACCGUGCUGCAGCAGUUAGACCUGGCCCAUCGGUCAGAGUUCAAGGUCAUCCUCACAUGCAAGUAAUUACUUUGUUGAACUUUUUAAGACAUUUGACAGUAUUCCUACAAAAAGUUUACCUUGAAAAUACUUGAAUUUACCACAACAUCACAACAUCACAACAUCACCUCCACUUAUGGGUCCGUUUUAAAAAUGGACUCCACCAAGAAGGUCAGAGCUGUUUUAAUAAUUGCACCCUAAUUUAAAAUCAUUGAAAUAAUUUUUUUAUUCUUUUUUUCAUUACCAUGCUUCAGGCAUUACUUUGAUAAUUAUGAUGAUGAUUACUUGUAUGUUUUCUAUGUUUAGGAUUUGUUUCUUUCAGAUCAUAAAGAAAUUGAGUGGGCCUGCAAAGGGGAUGGCAUAGUGGAUGACGUCUGUGGGCAAUGAAAUUGGUCAGGUGCUGAUAUCGAUGCAAUGGUCGGGGGGUUGGUGGAGCGAUACAGGAGGGCAGGUGUUGUCCCUCCGACUCUGCUCUAUGUGGACUCCCACUGCUGCAAGGAGGCAGGAGACCCAAAGCUGCAGCAGCGGUUUAGUUGCUGGCCAGAUGUCAUUAUCCGCCUUGACAUCUGGCAUUUCAUGCGACGUCUGACUGGAGGGGUCACAACAGAUGCCCAUCAGCUGUAUCCUAUCUUCACGGCGAAGCUGUCGGCAUACAUUUUUGAAUGGGAUGCUGGGGACCUUGCCGAACUGCGAAGGGCCAAGAGGGAGGAGUUGACCAAAGAAGGCUGGCCCACUCUGACGGAUGCAGAGGUGGACAAGCGCAUCUCCAAGGGAGAGCUGGCACUCCACUGUAGGAGAAGGACACGCGGGAUGGACAACACCAUCAGCCUCCUGGACAUGCUGAUAGGAGAGCUCAGUGGGCCCAAAGGCAAAGACACCAUGGGUGUACCGCUCUUUGACACUGUGCGGAUGCAGCACUUGUGGCGGAUUCAGAAGCGCCAUGUCGGCUGCAUUCAGGACCCCCCACAUGUGCAGGUCUACAUGGAAACAGGGACGGUUACCAAGGGUGGAAUGGCUUUGAAGACCUAUGGGUGCGCCAGAGGUUCAACGUCGCUGGAGUCCUUUCACUGCCACCUGACAAGAUUUAUUCCAGGGAACAGUGCCAAUAGUCUGAAUUUCCAGAUUUAUCUGUUGGAAGGUCUGUUCCGUUGGAAUAAAAACUGCGCUGCAGCUGCACUUGCAGGUGGGGACAAUUCAGCCCUGCGGACUUACACUGGGGAGCUGGUGUAUGCUGUGAACACCAGCUACACAGCACUGUUUGGCAGGAAAUUGGUCCCCGGAUUCUGUCCACCUGCAGUACACACAGAGAACCCCUUUUUAAUUUGCCAUUGUCGCGAAUCUAGUGGCGCCAGAUGCUGCGCUGCCUCCUGCCCAGCUGCCCUCUUCUCCACCUCUAGUUGGUUCACACCCACCCACUGCCCAGGGUCCACCUACUCCUGUGCUGCCUGUCGCCCAGCCGUUCUUUGGACCUCUGCUUGGUGCCCAGGGUCCAUCCGGCUGGGUGCCCCCAGCAAUGCCGCCCUCUGCCAUACAGCUGCCCAGCCGCCCUCUGCCCAGGUUCCACAUGCUCCUGGGCUGUAUGCUGCCGUGCUGCCCCCUGCCGUGCUGCACCCUGCCAUGCUGCCCCCUGCCCAGCUGCCUUCCACCCAGCUGCCUGCUACCCAGCCGCCGUCUGUCCAGUUUCGACCUGCUCCAGUGCUUCCGCCCACUACCCAGCUGCCCUCUACCCAGUGUCCACCUGUUCCAGUGCUACCUGCUGCCCAACCGCCCUCUGCCCUGCCUGCCUCAACUGGUUCUGUGCCCUCAGCGACCGCUGUUGGUGGACAUGGCAUUCCAGGAUUGGAAAGAGUGGAUGAGUUGGCGGAGUAUCUUGUCGAACUGAGGACCCAAAGCGGCCUUGUAAUGAGUCCACAACAAGUGGCAACAAUUAUCAGCUUGUGGCAGAACCUAGAGCAGUUUGAUAAAGAUAGGGUGAACUAUGCUGCUCGACAUCAGGACAGGCUCAUUACGGGGAAGUUUAGGUCGCCAAAAAAGAAGGCUGCCUUCACUCCUGGUGUCGACAGAACGAAGAGGUGCAUCCUGGGAUCCAGUGGCUCUCUGGCUCAGUGGCCUAACUGCUGUCGCCUCUUAGAGAUGACCUUUGUGAGGCUGUGUAACAUCCAACGCAGCCCCAAAGAUAAAGGCACAGUAUCCCUCUCCAGGUUGGACCUCGCUCUCAGGAAUUAUAGAAAAAUUAGGCAGCUAAUCCUGAGUAACUCAGAGGUAAUGCAGCACACCACACUCCAGCUGGUGGGAGGUCAACCAGAGGAUGCUCAUCACAUGGCACAAUGAGCGUCUAAAGGGUCAGGAGGUGUCGGUGCUUUUGCAAGGUCUGCAACUACCUGUGGCUCGGCCAGUCACUUUUGACACACUGCCUCCAGCACGAGUGCAGCCUGUCACACCUCCACAGUACAGCCACCAAAUGCACACAUACAAAAUGCCACCAAACACAGCUGGGCAGGUGAAGACCAUGCUAAAAAACAUUCCACCCUCUGCCUCAACUACCACAGCCCCUAUGGCCUCAGUUGCCCAGAUUGCUUCUGCCCAAGCCAACACCAGGGUCUCAGUUUGUGUUGCCACAUCCUACAGUUCUAUAGUACAGAAUGCCCAUCACUAACCCUGUAGCAAGCGCUCCCACUUCUCCCAUGACCCCUCCACCUGCAGAGACAACAAAACGCAAGUACACCCGUACUGUCAAUUUGUGUCGAAAAUGUGGCCAGUUUCGUACAAGGGAAACUGGCCGCAGCCAAUAUAAAGGGAAAAUUUACUGCCCAAAUACUGAGAGCAUAACCAAAGAGGAGUGGCUGCGAAGAAUGAGGCAGUUAUAGUGCAUUUACUUUG